AUGCCGGGAACGGCAGAACAUGCAUCGUCAGCCCCAGGCAUGGACGAAGUGGCAAGCAUUGCCUCGCGCAAGUCGCGUCCUAAGCUGCGCGAGGGUGGCUGGCCGUCCCGGUCCAAGUCGCCGUUCGUAGGCGACGAGGCCAUUGGCGUGCAAGAGCCGCCACUUGAUCACGUACCUAUGUCCUUCAAGCGGCGCCUUCGUGAUCCAUCUGCCGGCCUGUCCAGUGUACGUAGCUGGAUCAGCGAUGCGUCGUUCCGUCCUACGCCGGCCUUGCCAGGCCGGUAUCGUAUGAGUGGCGUCCCUGACGGCUGGGAGCAUCCCGCUCGGUAUGUCAAUGCGAGCCACAUGACAGUACCGUCCAUCUUUCCUACACGACAGGCCCCGCCUACCUCGAAUCCGCUGCCGAUGCUCCCUUACACAGUGCUCUGCCUGCUUAUCUUUGGCGAGUUUUGCUCGGCAGGUGUGGCUGGCCCCUUUUUGUUUUUUAUGCUGGACGACUUCCAGCUGGGUGAUGAAAGUACGGUGGGCUUCUGGGCCGGCAUUGUAGCCUCGAUCUUCUUCUUUUCUCAGUUCCUGACAUCGUUGCUAUGGUCCUCAGCCGCAGACAAGUACGGACGCCGACUGGUUCUGCAAGUGUCUUUGAUCGGCAACACCCUGUCCCUGCUUGCGUUUGGCAUGGCGACCAAUCUCCCGAUGGUGCUUUUCUUCCGAUUCGCACAAGGCUUGUUUAAUGGCGCUGUGGGUGUAGCCAAAGGCGCCAUUCGCGACCUGACCGAUGAGACCAACGAAGCCCGAGCGUAUGCGCAGAUGGGCUUUUGGUGGGGUAUGGGAGGUAUUAUCGGCCCGAUCAUUGGCGGUGUGAUGGAGCAUCCUGUGACCAAGUUUCCUUGGCUGUUUGGUCAGUCUGCGUGGCUCACGCAGUACCCGUACUUCCUGCCCUGUGCCAUGGCGGCGAUGAGCACGGCGACAGGCGCUGUCUUGAGCCUGUUUCUCGAGCCACAUGCAGGCGCACGAUCCGGUGCGAUCCGGCUUGACAAUGAGGAUGCAUCUACACCAGACUACGAGGAGGACGGGGAAGAGCACAGUGCGCUGUUUGGACGUAGCGAUUGGUCGAUGUCCAGUUCGCUACGCAGUCGUGGACGACGUCGUACGAUAGACCCAUUGCGCUGGUCGCACUUGUCUAUCGCGCAUCGUUUGUCGACGCCAGGCUCAGCCUAUGGCUACCACUCCGAUCUGGGAAGUACAUCGCGCGUGGGCAGUGUGGGACCACACAGUGAGAUGGCAGGCUCGGCUGAUGGUACGACGGACAUAGAUGCGGCGCGUCUCUCGUUGGUCGAGCGAUUUGUGCUGGCAAACGACGAUGCAGUGUUGGGUAUUACAGAUCUCUGGGUCGCAGCCGCGUCAAAUGCAGAGGAUGUCACGGAAGAGGACACGUCGGCGAUUGAAGAAGUGGACGAGGAAGACGAGGAGAGCCAGAGCUCCGUGCCGGAGGACAGUGAAGCGCCGCCGUUGUUUGCCUCCACAACAUCAGAGAGCACCAUGUCGCGGGCGCCCUCGAGUUUGUAUGUGCCGCCGAUGCACUAUGCACGCCAGAAAAUGCAGCGGAUGCGCAGCGCUGCGUCGUUGACAGAUUCCACAGAGGAGCUUUCGUCACGCCAAGAGCUGUCGGCAGACGAAGGGGCAGCGCCUGUCGCCAUGGUCUCCCCGCUGCGUCUCGUUCCCUUGGCCAUCAUUGGGCACUAUGGCCUGCUGGCUCUGCACUCUGCGCUUUUUGACCAAGUGUUCAUGGCGUUCCUGGUAACGCCUGUGCCGAGUGGGGGGCUGGGACUGACGGCGGGGCACUUUGCAACGCUCAUUGCCAUUAUGACUGUGUGUCAAUUGGUAUUCCAGUUCCAUGUAUACCCUAAUCUAGGACCCCCGAAUGGCAAGCUGACGCAUCUGGAAGUCAUGCGGUGGGGCAUGCUCCUGUACUUGCCGUGCUAUUUGCUCUUCCCCUUCCUGCGAACAUUUUUGCAUCCAAGUACGAAUGUAUUUGUGAUGCUGGCGAUGAUUCUAUGUGCCGCGCUACGUUGGUUGGCCAAUAUCCUUUCGUUCACAGCCGUCAUGGUCCUAUUGAAUGCAUGGACACCGAUCCAUCUCGUGCCGCUGGCCAAUGGACUAGCCCAAACUAUGAGCAGCUUUACACGAUGCAUGGGCCCGAUUCUCGGCGGUAUCGUGUGGGCGCAGAGCAUCCAAGGUGGACCAACGGCGCAUGCGUGGCCACUGAACUACCACUUGGGCUUUAUCGUGGCGGCGGCGAUUGCGUUGGUCGGUGCGCUGCAUGCGCGGUGGAUGCGGGAGAUCACGCUCUAG